UUAGACGAAAGUUCUUACAUAUUAGGAAUGUUUACUGUGAAAAAAUUAUCAUUAAAAUAUUGAAUAGAGUGACAAAAAAGGAAGAACAAAAUCUUCUAAUGAAUUUGACAGAUCUAAAAAUAUUAGUGAACACGAAGAAGAAGAGGAAGAGGAAGAUAAAAGUCCGUUGAUACCAAAGAUCAGUACAUUAUAAAAUCAUAUACAAUCUUCUUUCACAAGUCCAGGAACGAAGAAAUAUUUAUAAUCAAAUCAAUGUUUGUAUGGUUUCACAAAGAAUAAUACUAAUCCACUGAUAUAUCAAGGGAGAAUAUUCUUUUCAAUAAAUUUACACCAAGUUUUUCAGUUAUAUAUCUAAAUGUUUCAAGGGGAUAGCCAAAUUUAAGGGAGAUACAACUUUUUGAAAUUACAGCAGAUGAAUUUAGAACCAUCACUACAGUAAAACAAGGGGAUGAAUUCGCAUAACUGGUCUAGUUUUGACCAAACAGUUGUGUUUAGUGAACAUUCAAAAGAUUCCUUACUCAAUGUUACAAAUGAUAACUUAAACCCAAUGACUAUUUUUCAAAAUAACCAUGGAAUUCAUACAGAUUCAUUUUAUUCAAAUUCAGAAAACUUUAUGCAUGAAGAAUUGAAGCUACAGGAUCAUUCAUUUACUUCAACUAAGAAUGUUCAACGUACUUAUGUAACGAAAAAACAUCAGAAGUGCGCUUCAUCCGACAAUGUUAAUUCUCAAUGUUUUAUUGAACCCUCAUUAGUUGUCCCAACUGGUAUAAGACGUCGUGGUCCCAAAAAGAAACCAGACUCACAAGAACGUGUUGUCAGAAUGAAAAUGAGACGAGCUCGAGCUAAUGCACGUGAACGUAGCCGAAUGCAUGGAUUAAAUUCAGCAUUAGAUGCCUUAAGACAACACAUACCAUCUGCCUUAAUCGGUGGAUAUAUUUCCUUUGAUCUUGAUAAAAAAGAUGACACAACUAUUUGUACUACUCAUACUAACCAAAAACAAAAUGAAAGUAAUAAAUUAUUCUCGAAAAAUCAUCGAACCAACAGCCCAAUAAGCAGAAAUAAUAACGUUAAUAAUUUUCAUCAAUUCGGUCAAAAAUUAAGUAAAAUUGAAACGCUUCGUUUAGCUUGUAAUUAUAUUGGUUUGUUGGCUUCGAUACUGAAUGAUAUACACUUUGAAUCGAUAACAGAUAUUAUAAAAUAUUUAUGUCAUGGUUUAUCACAGAUAACAACCAAUCAGAUUGCAGCUGCUUUGCAAAGUGAUCCUUCUAGGUUAAUGAAGCAUCAAGUAUCCGGUAGCAAUGAGAAUAAGUUAUUAUGUGACAAUUCUUACAAAUCAUCAUCCGCUUCAUCAUCACCAACUGAUGAUGAUGUUAGUUAUACAGAAAAAAUCCAACAAAACGUUAUAAGGUCAAGUUUAUUACGAAAUAAAUUGAGCGAUGAACGGAUAGUAAACCAUUUAGAUUAUCAGUCAAAUAAUGUUUCAUUGACCAUACCAACUAAUCAGUCUACAUCAAUUUCAAAUUUCAAUCAGUCUAUGGGAAAUUGUUCAUCGAAUUGUACAGAAUUAUUAAAAUCUCAAAAUUAUUUAUUAAAUAAUAAAUUGUAUGAGUUUGAAAAUGUAUAUGAAUGUGAACAAUAUGAAAUGAAUGAAUGCGACUUAACAUUUCCUUAUUUUCCAACUAAUUAUGAUGAUGAAAACAUUAGUAGCAGUCAGCCAAAUGAAUCAAUUAACCAUGAAAAUUGGAUGAGUAAGACAAAAUUACAAUUACAUGGUAAUGAGGAAAUAAACUUUAUUAAUCCUUUAGAAACUAACAAUUCAAUUAAUAUUUCAGUUGAUUCAGAGGAACCAAUUUUAAAUUUAGAUUUUGAUCUAAAAUCUUGUUCGUAUUAUUAUCAUCAUUUGAAUGGUCAUUAUUAUGAUUCAUAUUGAGUGAUGAAUAUUACUACUUAUUAUACUACUGAUAAUUAUGAGAAAGGUUAUAAAGUAACAUCGAAUUUGACAGCUAUUAGUGAUGUUACUAAUGAUGAAAUUGAAUUCAUCACAAAUAAUACAUUAUAAUCAAUACUGGUAAACAGUAUAUUUCAAUCAUAUAAUGAUUAAUUUAAACAACUAUUUCAUUUCGUUUCUCCAAUUAAAAAAGACCAAUAUUAACAUGGAUAAUUGUUUUCAUUAUUUGCAAUUGUUUCUUCUAAUUUUAUCACCAAGUUAUUUCUUUAUACUAAUAAUAAUUUGUGAUUAUUAAUAAUGAACCAAACUGUUAUUAUGAUGUAACAUUUACUUAUAUCAUGUUAUCAAAU